AUGUUCAAGCGCUUCUCCGUCGACGAGCACGUCUCCAACAUCUCCAAGGUCAAGACCUCGGUCCAGCGCAAGAUCUGCCAGCGCAUCGCGGAGCAGUACCCGCUCCUCGACGCCAACGAUAGCGCGCUCAUGGAGGAGCUCCUCCCCAAGAAGGCGCCGCUGCUCGUCGCCAAGUGCUCGGGCACGGAGCACCUCCAGAUUGUCGUCGCCGAAGAUGGCACGCCCCUCUUCUUUAACAUGCGCGAUGGCCCGUUCUUGCCGACGCUCAAGCUCCUCCACAAGAUCCCGAACCUCAUGAAGCAGGUCCGCGCCGACAAGGGUGCGAUCCCGUAUGUGCUCUCGGGUGCCAACAUCAUGGCGCCGGGCCUCACGUCCAAGGGCGGGUCGAUGCUUGAGGACAUUGAGAAGGGCGAGCCCGUCGCCAUCAUGGCCGAAGGCAAGGAACUCGCGAUGGGCGUCGGUAUCAUGCAAAUGUCGACCGCCGACGUGCGGAGCGUCAACAAGGGCAUUGCGAUCGAGCUUGGCCACUUCCUCGGCGACGACCUCUGGACGCUCACGAAGGUCGAGUAA